AGAUGACGGCUCGAUGGACUUGACUUGAGGUCCUUUCCCGAUUCGUAUACCAACCCUCACCUCAACCCAACCCAACAUCAAACAACUCACUCAUACACUUCCUCACAUACUACCCACCCCAUCAACUCUUCUACUAAACAAAAUAAACCACAACCAUGGAAAACAACACAACAACCCGACCCUGGGACCCAACAGCCCCCUCCCUCCUCUGGGCCCACGAAAUCCGCCGCGAAAACAUCCACCUCCUCAACCAACUCACAACGACCCAAUCCGACCUCUCCAAAACAACACAUGCCCUAUCCACCCUCCAACAAACCGUCUCGUCUCUCGAGAUCGCUGUCCAGUAUCUUCGCGCGCGAGAGAAUAACAACACUCACGCUGAAGCCAACGUUGAAGCAGAAGCCGACGCGCGCGAGGCACUGGGGCGAAGGGUUACUGAGCUUGAGGGCGGUGUUAAUGCACGUUUUGCUGAGAUAGGGAUAGCUGUUGAUGAGGUGAAGGGGGAGAAUAGGCGGUUGGGGGGUUUGUUGAAUGGAGUGAGGGGUGAAUGGGGUGAGGGGUUGGAGUGCGCUGUUGGGAUGCAGUUGGAAGUUGUGAGGAGUGAUUUGAGGAAUAUGAUGAGGGCAGAGGUUAGCAGGGUUGUGGAGGAGGUAGUGGGUAGGGAGAUGGAGGGAUUGCAGUGUGGUGGGUGUGGUGGGUGUUGUUGUGGGAGAGGCGCGGAUACGAAUGUGGGCGAUGUGUCUAAUAAGGAUAUGGAUAUCGUGCCUGACUCGAUGCCUAGAGAGCGACAGAUUGUGUCGUCAGGACAGGAUCAUGAUACCUCCCUGCAGACGCUCUCGCAGAGUACACUUGGGAGUUCGAACUUUAGCGACGCUAGAGAUCAGCAGCCCGUCCAUGCCCGCGAUGACCUCCAGAUGACUGAGCCGGAUCAUGAUGAGACUGAGUAUAGCAUGAUCAAGCAGGAUGGGCGAAGCCUGUCGGAGUACUUCUCGUUGACGGAGGCUGGUCGGGGUCAGCUGCCGCCUAGAAAGAGGGAGGGGAGGAUUGUGGAGGCUUUUGUGGCUGGGCUUGAUGAUGUGGAUAUUAGGGGGCGUUUGGAGAAACAGUUGGAUGAGGGGGGGUGGAUGUGGAGUGUUUUGGAAACUGCUGUGCAAAAGAUUGUGAGAGAGCGCGAGAGAUCUCGACGGACGGAUCAGCCGGUUAAGAAGAGCAAAAAGAGGAGGUGUAUUCCUAUCGUGCCUGUGGAUGAGGAGGAUCUGUUAUACAACUGACUGUCAUGCAACGAUCAUAUUGCUAUGUACGCCCU